AUUAGAGGAAACGAAUCUUCUAAGACUGCACCAAAACUCAACUGACUGUGUGCUUUGUGAUAAAGGAAGGGCAGGGAUGAAACUCAUGGAUCACACCGUAAUGACGUGUCUCUUUUCUCUAUUCUUGGUGACAGUAUCUCCAGCUGACCCUCCAUCCAAUGAAGCCACAUCAGCUAGUCCAAUGAUUCCAGCCAAUCAACUAUCCAAUACAUCCACUGCUACAUACAAUGUACCCCAAACCAAUACAACUUCAUCCAGUGUUGACCCGUCAUCCAACACAUCCUCUUCAUUAAGUGAAGACACUUCAUCCAGUGUAACCACAUCAUCCUGUACGACUCGUCGAUGUCUGGCCAACAUGCUGAUAGAAAAAGAAGCCUUGAGUCAGCCACAGUCUUCAAAGUGCAUCUCAAAUAUUAGUGUGCCUUUAAUAGUGUAUGAAACUCUGUCCGUCGAUAUAAAAAACCUCCGCUUCCAGAGUCGCCUGCAAAUCACACUGUCUUGGGAAGACCCAGAUUUAUCAUGGGAAACAUUAGUCUAUGAACAUGAUACGGUGGUCCUGCCGGUUCGCAAAAUCUGGACCCCUCAGUUCCAUGUGAUUAAUGGAGUGGAAACUACGACGGAGCCUGGAAACCAGGAUUUGCUGGUGUACAGAAAUGGGACUAUAGAGCAUAGUGUCAUCAUGAACACUGUGGUGGAUUGUCAGGUCAACCUGUACAAGUACCCUUUUAUAUCAGAUGGCUGUGCCAUCGCCAUUAAUGGGUGGGCCUCUGGCGAAUGUGGCGUGUCCCUGAACUUUGGGAAUGUGACCCCGAUUAAUGCAAACAGUGGGGACUGGAUUACAGAGUCAGUGAAUCUCAAUGCUAACAAUCCUGAACACAGCUAUCUAUUGGUGUCACUGAAAAUGCGCUCCAACAACCUGUUAUUGUCCCUGGUGCUGCCCAGUAUACUGAUACUCCUGGCCGACAUAGUCAGCUACGCCCUGCCAUUGGGAGGAGGCGAGCGCACCGGCUUCAGGAUUACCCUGGUUCUUAGCUUCGUCAUGUUCCUUAUCAUCCUUACAAACCUUCUGCCUUCAGGAGGCCAGUGUAGCCCAAUCAUCCAAUACCACUUUGCUUUCUGUUUAAUCAUCCUGGUUUCAAGCACAUUGCAGUCAAUGGUGCUCACGCGGAUCGCUAAGUGCGGAACUCUCCUGCCCUGCAGCCUCUCCAAGCCCGGAGAGUUACCACUUAAAGACACAGUCACUGAACAGAGUGGGGAUGAGGGUACACAUCUUCAUAAUUCCAUCAUCUGUUGUCAUAUUGACGCUAGGCAACCAGUUUCACUCGAUUCCAAAUGUGAGGCCAACCUCAAACUUGAAGCCUCAGAAAAAGAGGAAAAUACAACCCUCCAGAAGGUGGUAAAGUUUCUUGAUAAAAUGGCCGCAGAAGACCAGAAGAAAGUGAGGCACAGUAGUUUUGCCAGCAAAUUGGAUUUAAUCUGUUUCUGUACCCAGCUCAUCAUCUCCAUUGUUUACACAAUUGCAGUUUCAUAUUUGUACUUUGGUCCUCAGUGUAUUAUCGACCCUUUAGAUUUCUGGGAUUGAGCUAAAUAAGU